CAAAGAAUGUUCAAAUUAAAAAAGUCUGUAGAAAAUUAUCAAAGUAAUGUAAAGAAUACAACAUACAAAGAAACAGAUUAUGAUGAAUUGAAAUUACUAGGACUUCAAGUAAAACCUCAUGAAUAUCAAAUAUUUGGCAUUAACUGGAUUACAAGGUCUUUUUUAUCAGCUAAACACUGUGGCAACAUUUUAGGGGAUGAAAUGGGAUUAGGAAAAACACUUCAGUCUGUUGCAUCAUUAUUGCAUUUGAAAAAAAAGUUCAAUAUUAAUGGUCCUUUUUUGGUACUCUCACCAUUGUCUGUUAUCAACAGUUGGGAAAAAGAAUUUGAAAGAUGUGCACCUGAAUUGUGCGUUCUUACAUACAUUGGCAAAAAAGAUCAACGUGAAGAAAUUCAAGAGAAAAUUGCUUCAAAAUAUCUGACUGCAAACUGGAAAAAUCUGAAAACAGAAUUUGAUGUUUUAUUGACAUCUUAUGAGGUUUAUUUGAAAGACAUCUUUUUUUUAAACAAAUUUUGUUGGAAAAUAUUGAUAGUUGAUGAAGCUCAUAGGCUGAAAAAUCACACAUCGCUACUCUAUAAAGAGUUAUCUAUGAUGGAUAUUGGUUUCAAAUUACUGCUCACUGGCACACCAGUUCAGAAUAAUCUGCAAGAAAUUUACAGUUUGUUGUCAUUCAUUGCCCCAACUGUGUUUAUGCUUGAUAACAUUGAUGAGUUUGUCAGCUACUUUUCAUUACUAGUAGAAGAUGAGUCACAUAAAAGACAAGAACUUCAUGAGUUGUUGAAACCAUUUUUGUUACGUAGGACAAAAAAUGAGGUUUUACAAAAUCUCCCAAAGAAGUCAGAAGUAAUUUUAUAUUGUGGGAUUUCGCAGACCCAGAAAAAUCUUUAUAAAGCUAUUUUAACAAAAGAUUUAGGGGCUUUUGAUAGAGAAGGCGGCCAGAAAACAAGACUACUAAACAUUUUAAUGCAGCUUCGAAAAUGCUGCAACCAUCCUUAUAUAUUUCCCGGUAUCGAAUCAGAACCAUUUCAACUUGGAGAACAUCUUGUUGAAUCAAGUGGAAAGCUAUAUCUCUUGGACAAACUGCUAGCAUUUUUAAAACAAAGUGGGCAUAAAGUUUUGCUUUUUUCACAAAUGACUUCUAUGUUAGAUAUUGUACAAGAUUAUUUAGGCUAUAGAGGUUAUUCCUACGAGAGAUUAGAUGGUUCCGUUCGUGGUGAAGAAAGGUUUCUUGCAGUUAAUAACUUUAACAGUUCAGAAGAUACAUUCAUUUUUUUGCUCAGUACUAAAGCUGGUGGCCAAGGAUUAAAUCUUACAUCAGCAGAUACUGUUAUAUUUCUUGACAGUGAUUUUAAUCCUCAAAAUGAUCUUCAAGCUGCUGCAAGAUCUCAUCGAAUUGGACAAUAUAGGCCUGUAAAAAUAAUUCGAUUGUUGUCAAAAAAUACUGUUGAAGAGAUUAUAUUGAAACGAGCUGAGAAAAAACUUAAGCUUACAAAUGUUGUUAUUGAAGGGGGACAAUUUUCUAGCAUAAAGUCAAUGGAACUAUCUGAAGAGCUUGGAGACAUUUUGAAAUAUGGAUUGCAAGAUCUAAUGAAUUCAGAUGACAGUUUGUAUGAGAAAAUUGAUUUCGAAAAAGUCUUAGGUAAAACAUAUGAAAGUCAAUGGUUUAGUGUGGAUGAAACUCAGCAUGUGAAAGUAGAAUCAAAUGAAGAUAGUGAAGUUAAAGAUAAUAUUUAUGAGUUUGAAGGUGAAGACUAUUCAACUGCUACAGAGAAAGAUAAAGCUGUUUUUGAAGAGUUACUUAAUGAUGUUUUAAAAUUACAAGGAGAAAGAUCUUCAAGAAAAGACACAAAAAGUUUUGUUGAGCUUUCAUUUGUUAAGCAAAAAAAAAGAAAGCAAAAAGACCUUACAAAUGAAGAAAAAGAAGAAUUGGCCAAAAAGAGAGAAGAAAACAAGGCUAAACGAAUAAAAAUGCUUGAAGAAAAGGCAAAAGAAAAAAUUUUAAAGUUAUGGGAAACUCAUAAAUACAAUUCAUGCAAGCUUGAACUUCCAAGUUGUUUAGAUAAUGAAAAUCCAUCUUUUGAAGUAGAAAGUGAUGAUGAAGAACAAGUUAGUCACAUUAACUAUGUAGUUGGUGAUGUCACUAAUCCUCGACAAGUUAAUCAAAGAGAUGCUAUUAUUGUCCAUUGUGUUGAUGAUUCUGGUUACUGGGGACAUGGUGGUUUAUUUUCUGCUAUUAAUAAGCACUCAAAACAACCAAAAGAGCAAUAUGAACUGGCUUUUAAAAUGAAAGAUUUGCAUCUCGGUGAUGUUCAUCUUAUAAAUAUGCAAAAAACCGAUUUUGCUAUUUAUGUUGCAUUGAUAGUUGUUUUUUCACGCGAUCGCAACAACCAGAUUUCACCAAUGCUGCUCAACUAUUUAUCUACUUCUUUAGAGAAAAUUCAUCAUUUAGCCAAAGAAACUGGAGCUAGCGUACAUCUCCCUCGCAUCGGUUAUAAUUCUCCUAAUUUUAAUUGGUAUGGAACCGAAAGGUUGAUUAAGAAAAUAUUAGCUGAUCAAAAAGUACCUACAUAUAUUUACUAUUAUAAAAAGUUUACUCAAAUAAAUUCUUCGUCAACGGAUCAACUGACUCCGCAUUUAGCAACUGAAAGUAACGAGUCAAAGUUUCAUGUAAAAGAUUCUUUGCCGGAUAUUUUUUCGGGUUUAGCUGUAUACUUUCACGGGUUGAAUGAUUUAACGGAAAUACGUCGACUAUCGAGAUUCGUCAUUGCUUAUGAUGGCGAAGUAGAUACAAGUUUAACGCCUGACACAACGCAUGUUGUGACCACCUCUUGUGGAAAACGAUCGCUUGAUUACAUCCCUGACAGUGUAAAGGUAGUUGAAACUGGUUGGAUUGAUGAAUGUUGCAAACAAGAAAAGUUGGUUUCUGAAGAUCUUUUUAUCGUAAAAUAAUGUUCAAUUCUAUUAUUCGUGCUAAACUCAACUAGAUUUUAUAACUAAUCAAAAAUAUUUUAUUUUGUAGCAUCUUAUUGUUGUUUUGUAAAAAUCUUUGUAAAACACAAAUUCCGUAAAGAUUUAUUCAUAUAUAUAUAUAUUUUAAGUUA